UGUAACGAUUCGGAGGUACACGACAGGUUAGCUCUGAUCUGCCAAGCUCUGCUCAGAAAUUUCAUGUUCUUUUAGUGAGCGGCGCGACGCGAGUGAGUGAUAAAAUUUGGAUCGCGGAUUGAGACAGAAAAUCGAAAACAACAGAAUACCUUAAGUCGCACUUAAGUGGAUUUUAAUUGACGCCUUGUCGUGAAUUGUCAUCGGGUUUUUGGAUUUGGCCAGUUCGGUUUAUGGGAUCGUUAACGGGAAUGCAUAUAUUAAGCUGGUGGCUGUGGCUGCUGCUCCUUGGCGCAGCGGGAAUGCUCGCGUCUGCUCAAUACUUGGCUUAUGAGCCUGGAAAGUGCGAAGUAUCCAUUUCGAAUGUUAUCCAGGAUAUGAUUAAUACUGAGGCACGCAUCAUUCUCGGAAGACCCCGGCCAUCGCAAACAAAGCUCCUUCGUUAUGAUCUUUAUACUCCUCUUAAUCCGGAGGAGCGUCAGUUGCUGCGACCAGGAGAUCUUAACGCGCUGAAGAACUCGCACUUCAAUCCCAAAUGGCCAGUUAGGGUUUCCAUUCACGGCUGGGCGGGAAAGAGUACUUCUUGCUCGAAUGCCGCCAUUAAGGAUGCCUAUUUAUCCCGCGGCAACUACAACGUAAUAAUUCUGGAUUGGAGUCGCCAGUCUUUGGAUAUCAGUUAUCCGCGUGUUUCCAAGCAGCUACCAUCGAUAGCUGCCAGUGUGGCCAAGAUGCUGCGCUUUCUGCAUGAAAAUACAGGUGUUCCCUACGAACAAAUCUACUUGGUAGGUCACAGCGCUGGGAGUCACAUUUCCGGCUUGACUGGUAAGAUAUUGAAACCCAACCGAUUGGGUGCCAUAAUUGCCCUGGAUCCCGCUGGUCUUACUCAACUGAGUCUGGGACCUGAGGAACGGCUGGAUGUCAAUGAUGCUUUGUAUGUAGAAUCUAUUCACACGGACCUAACGUUGCUCGGCAAUCCGAGUACCAAGCUCAGUCAUGCAUCCUUUUUCGUAAACUGGGGCCUGGGGCAGCCACAUUGUCCCAACGCCACGGCCACAGAGUUUGACUUUGUAUGCGAUCACUUUGCGGCCAUGUUCUACUUUGCCGAGUCAGUGCGUGAGCCCAAAUCAUUUGCUGCAUUGCGCUGCAAUUCGUCGCAGUCGGUUAUCUCGGCCACCUGCAACUGCAACAGUGGGGGCAGCCGAAAAUAUGCAGCUCAGAUAUGCACAGGCAACGAGUUCAUGGGCGGUGAACCGGCGGUCCCCAAGAGGGGUAUCUUCUAUCUGAGUACACGGCAACAGUCACCAUACGGUUACAACGAUGGCUUGGUCCACAUCCGACGACCCCGGCCGUCCACAAUUCGGGACACAGCGGAUCGGCGGCCAUUUGGAUAAAUGUAAACCCAAGUCAAGCAAAAUUGCCACAGACCAAAAUGUGAUUUAUAUACAUAUUUAAGUUUAGUCUUAACCAAGAGCUAAUCCGUCCAAAGAAUUCGAAUAAAACAAAGAUUAAUUUACAAUUAAGAGAAAAUCUAUUCCGAAUUCCUUUAGUAAAACUGAAGCACUGC